AUGGCGAAUAGACUGCUCUUCUUUUUCUUGGUGUAUUCCGUGGCAAUGUGUAUGUUGCACGGCUCCGAUGCAGAAAGUGAUUACGCGAAGUGUAGAAAAUUAUUGGACAACACUCUCUGUAACAGGUGUUUUCCAGAAAGCAAAUACGUCAGACUCACACGCCAACGAUACCAGUUCGCCGAUGAUGGGAAAAAUGACAGCGUGACGUCAUCCACGACUGCAAAGGAGCUAACUCGGAUCGCAUCUCUCGUCCAAUCAAGACUCGUCCGGGGAGCAUGCGCAACAGAGGAUGCCUAUUCGCGAAUGGGCUUACAUGAUGAGGAUGAUGAACAUCCCUCGAUGUUCAUUGAGGAGGUUUACGAGUUAUACGGAGUCGAUGGUUUCAUGAAUACCAGUGGAUUUGAGCAUCUGCUAAAAGAUCUCGAUAUUGGAAAAGAAGCAUCGGCAAAAACAUCCGAUGUCAAAGAAGAUAUGGGACUCUUAAAUCAAUUAAGGAAACAUAUUGAAGGUGAAAAACAAGAAGAAGUAAGAGGUGAAUCCACAGAGAGACAUGUACCUAACCCAGGUGAUGAAACAGUUGGCAAGUGUUAUUCGGGCAGUAGUCUUCUGAGACUAUUCAACCUUACUGCGGGUAUUCCACGAGACAGAUUUGGUAAAAUCUGCCCAUCUCUUGUCGAGCAAAUCACCCACAGUUGCAAGCCAGCAGAAACCACCCACGACCAACUCGACCCUGAAAUGUACGGAUGGGCAACCCUUGCAGUGGUUACCAUCACAGCACUAUCCAUGCUAGCUAUGGUUGCUGUACCAACCUCGGGUUCUCGGUUCUACGCCACGGUAAUGCAGCUCUUCGUUUCUUUGGCCGUCAGCUCACUGUCCGGGGAUGCCCUGUUGCAUCUCCUUCCAGAGGCUCUAGGUAUCCACGGACUCCCGAAAGAAGAAGGAGAACCCAACCAGAUCCUUGUGAUUCUAACAGUAGUCAUAGCUAUCUACAUCUUCUUUGUCUUCGAGCGAGUAAUGUCUUUGUGUCUACGCGGGAAACCGUUAGGGCAUGGGCACGUACAUUCACGACCAAGGCGGGAGACUUUUGUAGGUGAGGACGAGUUUGGAGUACGCUCGGCUGUGCAUCAGGUAGCCGCUAAUGACGAAGUCAAGUUGAAAGAUAAAAGCGAAGAGGAUAGAAACGAGGUUAAACAUAAGAUAGGUGAACUUAACGGCGACCAGAUUCAAAAAGCAGACGACUCUGAGCAGGCCCCCAAAAACACCAUAUUCGGUUUGAACACCCUGGUGGUAAUGGUAUUGGUUGGUGAUAUCGUACACAACAUUACCGAUGGUGUCACAAUCGGCGUGUCAUUUGUCAACGGCCCUUUUGCCGGUGUCUCCACCGCUAUCGCUGUCUUCUUUCACGAAGUGCCUCAUGAAAUCGGUGACUUCGCUGUGAUGCUGCGUAGUGGUGUCUCUUUCAAGAAGGCGAUGUUCCUCAGCCUCAUCAGCAAUCUAAUCGGCUUCGUUGGUCUGUAUGCGGGACUGUUUCUUGGUAGCGAGAACGCGAUGCAGAGGUGGAUCUACGCCGCUACGGCCGGCAUGUUCCUUUACAUCGCUCUGGUCAGUUUGAUACCCGAGAUGAACCAGCAAGCAGAAGAGGCGAGUGGUAGUCCAUGGAUGGUAUUUAUGCGGCACAAUGUGGGGCUAUUGACUGGCUGGUUCAUCAUGCUAUUUAUUGGAUUCUUUGAGCAGUACAAAGACCAAGGCAAAAUCUAG